GUGAAAUGAAUCAAGUUCAAUAUUCGACAACUGUUUAUAAAUUACACUUAAAUUUCACAGAACAUGCUGUGCCAGCUGAAUCCCAGGUUGAACGUAUUUUUGACGAUGGAAGAAGACAUAUCAGCGCAGGUAAUGCCCACGUUCCUGAGCGGAAUGGUGUUGGACGCUUCCGGGACUUUCGCGGAUUUCCCCAUGAAAUCGACUUUCAGUGCGGCGGCUCCAGACGGCCACGUUUGGGCUGGUACUGGUUAUGAUACUGACGCCGACAGGAUCCAGUGCGGCCACACUCCUUCCGACUACGGCUCAAUCGUCACCGGGCCAACCGGAGUUGAUGCGCUAGACUUCCUGGAGCAAAGUGAACGAGUGGAGCUAACAAGUACCCCCUGUCUGGACACAGGAUUGUUGCCAUGUGUUAAGGAGGAGCUUAAAUUCGCCAUUCAGUCUAAACGUUUGAAAGAGGGCAAGGGGGAACUGAAAGUGGAAUUCACCCAACCGCCGUCCUACCAGUUAACACCGGAAGAGGAAGAGAAAGUGGACAAGCGAAGAGUCCAAAACCGCAUGGCAGCAAGGCGCUUCCGGGACAGACAAAAAAACCAGACCAGCUCUCUGCAGAAGGAGUGCCAGAGACUGGAACUUGUGCACGCAGAAUUGAGGACCGAACUGGCCCAGGUGCGAAAGGAAAGAGAUGAGGCGCGACAGGCACUAGAAACACACAUGACUUCCUGUCCACUACAGUUUUCAGCGCUUUUUCAUCCAUGCCUUUCCGGUUGCAACGGAAGCAGCUGAUCAUGACUAUAAUACUAUUUUUAAAAGUAUCUCAGUGGUUAUAUAUAAACCGAAGUACUAGAUAUUUUGUGAACUUUAUAUAUUGAAACAUUUUUGUGAAUAUUAACUACCUCGUAUCAAGACGCAGGGUGACGGGAAAUAUCGACAUUAAACAGAACGGAUAGUGACGGUUGUAUGAAUGUUUAUUUCAAAGUGCAAAGACGGCUUGAGUUCAUUCAAUAAUGAAGCGUCAUGUACGACCUGCACUAUCAGAUAUAUAUUAUUGGGACAUCGUCGGAUACCCACGGCUGCUGAUAACGCUCCGCUCAUCUAUCUAGGAAUGCGCAGAGAAACGCAAUGAAUAGACCGACGAUGAUAUUGGGAUUGGUGUCUAGUCAAUAAAUGCAAAGAAGAAUUCAGCUAGCUACUAGGUCGCUGCAAAAUGUAUCUCCGGAAUUAUGCUAUAUGCCGGUUAAGUCGUGGGUAAUUUUUAUAAAGAUGUUGCAUCUCAAAUAUUUUAUAAAUAUAUGACCAUGAAUCAUUAUGAAAAUAAUUAUUAACCUUUCUUCUUUAAGAUUUGUUGCUUUUUUCCAAAUGUUUAUCGUCUUUAAACAUCAAAAUAAGUGAUUGUGUUGAUGGUGUCAAACUGCGUGCUUGAAACUAAGGUUCCGGUUGUUUCGUGGGUUUUGAUUGGCUGUACCAAUUUAGAGAGUUGUAUGCUGUAAACACUCUUAACAAAGACAUUACAGAGGAGGUUACAUUCUCUUGUGAUUGCCAUUAGCAUAGAAGUGAACUGUGAGUACUAAUUGAAGUUUUAAACAAAUGAUAAUCAACUCCAUGGUUUUUAAAGUAAACAAUUUCAUUGUAUUUAAUAUUAUUAACAAAGGACAGUUAAACAAUUAUAUCAAUUGCACAUCUUUCAUAAUAUACAAUAUGUAAAUAAGUAAUAACAUCAUUAAAUAUUUAAUCUUUAUAACAUUAUAUAACAUUAUUAAAACAAUCUUGGUUCAAAAUAAAUUAUUUUUUUAUGUCACAAUAACAUUGGGUAGUGAAACAGAUAAUAUCAACUUCAACGCAUAUCUAAUAUGAAUGUUUACAAAUUGAAUUUACAAGUAAAGAAUCAUAAUUAUGGCCAAUGAUCUAGCCAACAACUGUUGUGUUUACAACAUUUUUUCGCCACCAUGAAUGGGCCACAACCUCGUUAUUCAACAUUCACGGUCCUGACAAUGUGGGCAGAAGAAAUCUGCAUGCCUUCUUACAACUCUGAUUUCUGUACAGAACGUAAGGUGGCACCAAUGUCCACAACCUGUGCAUUGUGCCCAUUUUACGAAAACUAUCCCAUCACACUUGCCCAUUCCUGGUGGAGAAAACUUGUUGCAUACGCAACAGGUAUGCAGCAACAGUUGUUGGCUGGAUCAUCAUCCAUGUCACUGUCACUUUCAACAACUUCAGCAACAACUUUAGCGAUUUUUCUUUUGUGUACCAGUACUUUACUGCAUCCCGGUGUCUGGUCAUCAGUUUUUCCUUUCCGUCUCCCUGUUUCCUUGUCUUUUCCUUUUUAUUAAUUUCUUUUUUUUCAUGUUGGUAAUCUAUCAUCUGAUUGAAAACCUCGUCCUCAGUAAUGGGCUUCCCCCCCAAUUUUGGUUUUUGCAUGGUGUCUUUGAUCUGAAAUUCAUUUGGUUUCGUUAUAUCUUGUGUUGUUUUUGGGGCCGUCUCAAUCAUUUUGUUAUCUAAAAGUUCUUUCAUUGACAUUCUCGGUGCUUCUGUGUUGCAAAUCUUCUUCGGAAAUGAUUGCGAUGGCAAAAUCAUCUCAACAGGGACCUUGGCUGCAUCAAACGGCAAUAUUCCUGCUUUUCUAAAUCCAGCCUGUAUUGCGAUUGGUAUCAUUGAUUUCAAGUAGACUUUUCCUUACAACUCUGCAAUUUCAUACUUGGUAAUUAUUCUACCCCUUUCCUUUGCCAUAUAUAAGUGGCACUCACUGUGGAAUGUGGCCUUGAAUGGACCGAAGCAUGCUAUGUCCAAUGGUUGGAGGGCAUGCGAACUGUGUGGUGGGAGAACAAAAAGGACCACAUGAUGCUGUCUGGCCCACUUUACAAUGUCGAGAGACACAUGUGAUGAAUGCCCAUCAUAAAUCAACAAGAUGGGUUAAAUGUUGUCACCAGAUCCCCUUUGUACGAAUUUCAAGAAGUGUUCAUUGAGGUACUUCAUGAGAACUUCCCCAUUCACCCACCCAGAGUCUGACAUGGUGUAGGCUGCACCAGCUGCUGCAUUAUUCAUGAACUUGUCGUUUGUCCGUUUCCCUUUGAAGACAUAGUAGGGUGGUAUAGCAGUACCUGCUGCAUUUACACAGGCUACUAUGGUAGUGGUGCCUGUGUUUGGCGAGGUUACUUCUUGUGUUUUACUCGACGAAACACCAGUGAUGACUUUUGAUGGCCUGUGUUCAGGUUGUAUUCCAGUCUCAUCAAGAUUGUAGAUCAGAUGUGGUUUCGACUUGAGAUUAUACUUUUCAAGAACAGCAUUCAGUUCACAAUAGUAAUUGUCAAUGUGUUCUUGCGUCACUCCUGCUGCCCGAGUUGAUGUUAGGGCCCUUGGUUUUAUUACCUUAAGUCUAUGAUUCCAUCUUUUCAAGAAGGUAUCGUACCAGACAUUACUCAGCUUGGCAUUUGAAUUGCGCCUACCAAGCUUUACAGCAAGUUCACCGGCAAGAACGAUCAAUUGUGCGCGAUUCAGACCAUAGCCCACCUGUGCCAGGGUUUCAAUAUGGUUUACCAGCAGCUCCUCUUCGCCCAAUGUGAACAAGGAAUCCUUUCCCCUCUUUGCUCCUAUUUUCACUUUGUUCAGAACCCUGUCCCGUAAUGUUUGUUUUGGAACACCAAAAGCCACAGCUGCUCUAUCUACUGGCAUGUGACUUUCUUUUACAGCUUUAUAAGCUGCCAGCAUGGUAUCCGCGGUAUACUGCUUCAGGAUCUUCAAUCUGAUAGGUUGUUUCUGAAAAAUAUAAAUAAACACAACAUUUAUUUAAAAUUGAUAAAAAAAUCAUCUCUUUACAAAAGUUUAAUUAGAAAACGAUAAGGCAACAUUUACUAGAGUGUUACCUCCGAAAAUGUUUAGCGUAUUUACAGCAAGUGCUUUGCGCAUGCGCAGACCGUCAUUUGUGAAAAAAAUGUCAACAGACGACGUAUAUGAAAAUACUCAUAAAUAUGGGAUUUUGUGUUACUUAGAAACGAUAUGAAGGUAGAAAAAGUGUGUGUUCUUGAAAAAAAAUGCAACGGAUUGUGGUGAAUUGCGAUAUUUACCUGUUUAUGACGCAUUUUCGACCGGAAAACAAACGCCAACUGUGCCAACUUUAUUGCCGGAACGAACUGCAGCGCGUGCGAACAUACGAAUAAUCGAUUGCACGCGAUCUCUAUGACAACGGUUCAACAAGUACCCACGGACCAACCAGAACCUACCAUACAAGUAGCGACGUGUUGUACAACCGGAUAGUUCGAUAACCUAAUUGUUUGUAGUAAUUUUGUACUGAUUUCAGCUAUUUUAUACUUAUUGCAAUUGUUGUAUUGUUAUUGAUUACAAUUGAUGUAUUGUUAUUACCUGUUUUUAUUAUGGUACUUUACGUUUAUUCAUUGUUUGUUAACCGCGUUUACAUGAAUAUUAUCUAAAUAAUAUUUGUGAAAUUUG